AUGAGCACCGACUCAUCCCCCCCUGCCGCCGAGCAGCUCUGCUACCAGAACGUGAGCAGAUCCUGCCUGAAAGCUCCCUGCUCGCCUGGCCCCCGGCUGAUGCUCUACACGCUGUUUGGCUCUGGGGGUGCUGUGUUUGGAAACCUCCUGGUGGUGAUUUCCAUCCUCCAUUAACAGCUGCCCUCUCCCACCAAUGUUCUGGCCUCUCUGGCCGGUGCUGACUUCCUGAAGGGUGGGGUGACCGUCAUGCUCUUCAGCAUGGUCAGGUCCGUGGAGAGCUGCUGGUACUUUGGGCCAAGUUUCUGUACCUUCCACACGUGCUGCGAUGUGGCAUUUUGUUACUCUUCUCUCUUCCACUUGUUCUUCAUCUCCAUCGACAGGUACCUUGCUGUUACUGACCCUCUGGUCUCUCCUAGCAAGUUCACGGUGUCUGUGUCAGGGAUAUGCGUCAGCAUCUCCUGGAUCCUGCCCCUUGUACACAGUGGUGCCGUGUUCUACACAGGUGUCUAUGAUGAUGGGCUGGAGGAAUUAUCUAGUGCCCUCAACUGUGUAGGUGGUUGUCAGACAGUUUUAAAUCAAAACUGGGUGUUGAUAGAUUGUCUAUCCUUCUUUAUACCCAUCCUUAUUAUGGUAAUUCUCUAUAGCAAUAUUUUUCUUGUGGCAAGAUGACAAGCUAAAAAGAUUGAACAUACUGGAGGCAAAACAGAAUUGUCAUCAGACAGUUACAAAUCCAGAGUGGCGAGAGAGAGAAAAGCCACUAAAACCCUGGGCAUCACAGUGGUAGUAUUUAUGAUUUCCCGGUUACCAUAUAGUAUUGACUCAUUAAUUAAUGCUUAUAUAGGCUUCAUAACCCCUGCCUAUAUUUAUGAGAUUUGCUGUUGGUGUGCUUAUCAUAAUUCAGCCAUGAACCCUUUGAUUUAUGCUUUAUUUUACCCAUGGUUCAAGAAAGCCAUCAAAGUUAUGAGUGGUUGGAUUUUCAAGGACAGUUCAGCCACCGUGAAUUUGUUCUCUGAACAAAUGUAA